UUUCCCAGUGUGCGCGCUUUAUUACCCCCCCCCCCUCCCCAACAGUUUCUGGCGCCCGUCACGCGCGCUGUCUUCGUUUCGUAGAGCUGCGGUCUUACUCGCGCACAGAUAGUUCCCAGUAGCUGCUGUAGACCGUAGUCUGUCCGGGAUAUUUGAGUACAAGAUGGCGGCGUCGAACGGUGCUGCUGUUGCUGCUGUAGGCGGCCCGGCAGGGACCGGGAGUCACCUACCUCAUCCCACCAACCAGCACCGAACCAGCACGGCCCGUAUCGGAUAUUAUGAUAUUGAGAGGACCAUUGGGAAAGGGAACUUCGCUGUCGUCAAACUGGCCACUCACGUCAUCACCAAGGCCAAGGUUGCUAUAAAGAUAAUAGAUAAAACACAGCUGGAUGACGAAAACCUGAAAAAGAUUUUCCGAGAGGUUCAGAUAAUGAAAAUGCUACGACACCCCCACAUCAUCCGGCUUUAUCAGGUUAUGGAGACAGAACGGAUGAUUUACCUUGUGACAGAAUUUGCUAGUGGUGGAGAGAUAUUUGAUCACUUAGUAGCUCAUGGAAGGAUGGCAGAAAAAGAAGCCCGUAAGAAGUUUAAACAGAUAGUUGCUGCUGUUCACUUCUGCCACUGUCGAAACAUUGUUCACAGAGACUUGAAGGCUGAAAAUCUACUUUUAGAUGCAAACCUCAGUAUCAAAAUAGCAAGCUUAGGGGUGGUGUUGUAUGUACUUGUCUGUGGUGCCCUUCCCUUUGAUGGCAGCACUUUACAGAACCUCCGGGCAAGGGUCUUAAGUGGGAAGUUCCGUAUUCCAUUUUUCAUGUCCACAGAAUGUGAGCACUUAAUCCGCCACAUGCUAGUGCUGGAUCCUAGUAAACGGUUAUCCAUGGAACAGAUCUGUAAGCACAAGUGGAUGAAGCUUGGUGACCCUGAUGAAGAAUUUGAUAGGUUAAUAGCGGAGUCCCAAAAUGUGAAAGCAGAAAGACAAGUAGAACCAGUGAAUGAAGAGGUGCUAAUGGCAAUGACGGAAAUAGGCCUGGACAGAGAGCGUACACUACAGUCACUUAGGUCAGAUGCUUAUGAUCACUACAGUGCCAUUUACUGCCUUUUGUGUGAUCGCUUGAAACGGCACAAGAACCUACGUAUUUCAGCACCUUCAAUACCACGAUCCCUACAGUAUACUACACCUACGGCAAACAUUCAGGCUGAUCAACCUAGCAAUGCAGUUAGCAUCAAUGUUCCCCAAGUUCAGCUGAUUAAUCCUGAGAACCAGAUAGUAGAGCCUGAUGGUAGCAUGAACCUGGACAGUGAUGAAGGGGAGGAGCCGUCUCCUGAAGCUCUGGUCCGUUACCUGUCAAUGAGGAGACACACUGUUGGUGUUGCUGACCCACGCACUGAAUGCGCAGAAGAAUUACAGAAACUCCUGCCAGGCUUUCUCCGUGUGGCCCCACAGACAACAUUUCUACCGACUUCCCCGCAUAUGAACUUGCUGCAAAACAUGUUGCCAGUGCAGAACCUGCAGCCAGCUGUGCAGCUGGAGUACAAGGAGCAGUCCCUGCUUCAGCCUCCAACUCUGCAGUUGCUGAAUGGAAUGGGGCCUCUUGGUCGCAGAGCAUCAGAUGGAGGGGCAAACAUCCAACUCCAUGCACAGCAGUUACUGAAGCGUCCCCGCGGGCCCUCCCCACUUGUUACUAUGACACCAGUAUUUGGCAAAUAGGAGCAAGCGGCACACACUAGCAAUGACAAACCCCACUUCAGAAACCUCACCUCAGCCAUUCCGUCCAAAACCCUGGGGCCCACAUCUUCUUCCAGACCAGCUGCACAUCAGAUCUACCUACAAGGAUUCCAAUACACUUCACCUUCCCACAGAGCGUUUCUCUCCAGUGCGGCGUUUUUCUGAUGGGGCAGCAAGCAUUCAAGCCUUCAAAGCCCAUCUGGAGAAAAUGGCUGCCAACAGUAGCAGCAUCAAGCAGUUGCAACAGGAGUGUAAACAGCUGAAAAAGAUGUACUGUGCCCCAUUUGAUGAAAAGGUGCUGGAAAAGACGCAACAGCAGCACAUUCUGUACCAGCAAGAGCAGCAGCUACAGCAACAGAUGCAGGACUGUAUUCGACAGGCCCAGCCAUCUCCACCUUUACAGACUUCUUCAGUUGGACAGCAUGGAGAAAACCAACCUGCCCUUCUUACACAUCAGUUACAGAGGUUACGAAUUCAACCCUCAAGUCCACCUCCUAAUCACCCCAGUAACCAUCUUUUCAGGCAACCAAACAACAGCCCACCACCUGUGAGCAGUAGCGUUCUGCAGACUCAUGGUUCUGCAUCUCCAUCCCAGUACCAAGGCAUGUCUUCCCAUGGUCAUCUCUUCCAACAGACAAGCAACAGUUCUCCUUCACCCAGCCUUACCGUGCCUAGAAUUGGAAUGACCCAGCAGUCGCCACCUCAGCCAGUGACUAUCCAAGUUCAGGAGCCUUGUGAAAUGCUGGGUAACAGUCUUCUUCAGGGCACAACAAUAACACAAGGUGGAUCAGCUCAUGUACGAGGGAUGCCUGUGAAUCAGUGUGGAAAUCUUUUGCAGAUGCAGCAAAGGACAAGUUUUAUGAGACCUGUUUCUUAUGGGGGCCACAAGGCACUAGCCAAGCAACUCAGUGCUGACAGUGCUGAAGCACACAGUAGAAGUAUGAAUAGAUUCUCUACUGCAAAUUAUGAACAGACACAUCUGCAUCCUCAUCUCUUCCCUGAUCAAACACGUGUUUCCCCUAGCAGCUACAGUCCGUCAGCAGGAACAACAGCAGGAGGAUAUCCUCAAACUCAGGCACUGAAGGUUCCGCACCUAGAACAGUACCCAGGGUUUUCAGCAAAUCCACAGCAACAGGGAUACACAGCGUCACCACUACAACAGGCUUUGCUGUCACCAACACCAUCAGAAUAUACUAGACACCAGCACAUACCAACUAUGUUACAAGGACUUCUUUCACCACGCCAUUCACUUACUGGACACACAGACAUACGGUUGCCGCCUUCAGAUUUGGCCCAGUUGCUCAAGAGGCGUCAGCAGCAGCAGCAGCAACAGGAAUUUAGUGAACUUCUAAAGCAUAUGAGCCAAGGUGAAUCUGGCAGUAUGGCAGCCAGCAUGUGUGCACAGACUUUAUCAGAACAUCAUGCCUUGACAUUGCCUUAUCAAAAUGCAGACUCAUAUCACCAUACUAGCCCCCACCACCUCUUGCAGAUCAGGGGACCAGACUGUAUUCCUCAGACACAUGCCCCAGGUUGUGGACUUGUACCUCAGCCACCUCUAAUGCACUCUGAAAGUAUGGAGGAAGACAGUAGUGAGGAAGCUGGGCAAGGGUUUGAGGACAGUACUGAUUCUCCCAGUGUGUUAACCAAAGGUUGUCGUGAAAGCCCUGCACUCUUAAAUGCAAGAAGGCAUGGGGACCAUGAAACACUACUUGUGACUGGGAAUCCCAUACAGGAAGUGAGUUUGCCACAGCAUUACAGGCACCAGCAAGUCUCUGGCUUUAGCAGGAAUAAAACUCACAGCAAAGAAUUGGUGGCAGGUGACCUUGUGGACAGGAGACCAGCUGGGCAGGCCAUGGAGAUGCCUGAGCACAGUGGAGUAAGUUACUCUCCAAGGCCCACCAACAGUGAGCAUCAUCAGAGAACCCGAACACUACAGCGGCAUCAUACCAUACAGACUAGCGAUGAUGCUUAUGUCCAGAUAGAUUCAAUGUCUGGAAUGAGCCUGAUAGCUGGGAAAGCACUUAGUUCUGCCCGCAUGUCUGAUGCAGUUCUCAGUCAGUCUUCACUCACAGAAAGCCAGCAGCUACAUAGCAGAGAGAAUGAAGACUGCAUUGACGGUUCUGAAGAUGAUGCUCAUUCAACUUUGGGAGACUGCAACCAGCACUUAAACAGUUCCUGUUACCCUUCUGCAUGUACUGACAUCCUUUUAAGCUACAAGCACCAUGAUGUGUCCUUUGGGAUGGAACAAGCUUGAAAAGAACAUUAAUCAAGAAGAUACCUAAGUAUAUGGCUUUGGAAACGGAAGGUCUUUUUUAAGCCAACAGUAUCUAGAAGCACUGCGCCAAAUCGCCAUUGUAUUUCUACCUGCUGGAAUAUCAUGGCUUCUUUACUCGUCACUUCAUCAGUGUGUUCUGUUUUGCCAUGUUUUUCAUCUUUGCUAUUGAAUGUGACCAGAAAUGUUCUUGGAUGUUUUACUAAAGCACGAAAGAACACAUUUUAAGUUGAGAUGUCAUAUUGUAAUGGAUAAAAACAGUUUGAAAUCAAAAGCCUCAAAACCCUACUCUUCUUCAGCUCUCUUAUUAGGACAUUUUGGUGGUCUUGUCAGACAAGUGUUUCAUGGAUUAAUUAGACCAUCAGUGUCCACUUUAGAGUGCUUUCCAAGAGGAGGGGUUGGCAUGCACAGUGUCUGAGCAAUAAGUAGAGGUCUGAACAUAACCCCCUAGCCUAGGAGAAGUUUUGGGGGAGAUGUGAUUUAUCAUGAAUAUUUUUUCAGAAACUGAAAACUUUUAUUGACAUGACCGAAUGGACAUGAGAUCAUGCCAUGGAGUUUAUUUACUUUUUUUUUUUUUUUUGUUGCAUGGAGGACAAGUCAGUCACAUAUCUGGAUUGUUACCUUUACUGAGAGUUGCCCUUUAGUGUAUGUAUGGGCAUCAGAGAAGGAAGAGUGGAAACCUUGUACAGCUUAACAAAAACUGCUUCCCAUCCCUUUGGUACUCACAGACAAAAGCCGAAUGCCUAACAGUGGUGCAAUAUGCUAUUGUGUAUUAUUAUCAGCUGUUUUAUAGUUUUGUUUUAUUGCCUUUUUAUGUUUAACAUAGUUGUGCUGUAACGUCGCAUUUUUUUCAUAGUUUCAGUUCUUCAGAUUAAUGGAUUGCCUUUACUAAAAAAAAGAAGAAAAAAGAAAGUAAAACAUUAGCUGGCUUUUCCUACUUUUUAUUUCUUAAUUUGACUUUACAGUCACUUAAUUAUUGUUUCAUUGUGUGAAAACAAAAAAAAAAUGUUAAUGACAGAAAUGUUUUAACUAAAUUUUGUUUUGUUUAAAUAUUGUUUUUCAUCUUUUAGUUUUAAGUGCAUAUCCCUUUUUUAAAUGAUGUUGCACUUGUAACCCAUUUUCUCUUGUGCCAGUGACAAUGUUGUGUUAUCUUUUUACAGGUUACACAGUGCACAUAAUUAUUAUUAUUGUUUUGUAUAUGAGUACUAUAUUCAUUAUAUUUGUUGAAAUUGGAACCCAUUAUAAAAUGGGCAGGGUUUUGUCACUUCUCAAAAUCCUAGAUAACUGUAAUGAAAGGUAAAAGAAUUUUAUUUAAUACUGCGGUGACACUCAAGGGAAUGCCGGAAGAAAUGUAUACUUGGCUGUAGUUGGUCUGUUAUGAAACAUAAUGUUAUCAGUUUCAUUUGACGGGGCCAGCCAAAUAUGACAGCAUAUCAUCCAAGGCUUACAUUUCUAAAGCUCUUGUUAGUCUUUUUUCUGUUUUUCAAUAUGUGGGUUUUAUUUUAUUUUAAAUGUGAUAUUUCUUUUAAUCUUCAUUGAUAUAGACUUGAGUCUGUAGUAACUGUUGAGUGGGAAGGUACCAAGAAACACUGAAACACGUUUUUGUCAUGCUGUUUAGUAAUUUUGCUUUUUUUGUUUACAUGACACUGUAUUUAUGGGAGUCAGUUGCCAUUCUUAGUAGCUUAUCAGAAGAUGCAUUUUUUUAACACAUGAAAUCUAGUCCAGUGCCAUCUCUUUUACUCGUUUCACACUUUUGCUGUUUAUUGUUUUUUCUGGUUGCUUUUAUUGUAAUAUUCAAAAAGUGCAGUGUAUAUUGAAUAUAUAUUAAUAUACUUUGCUUUUAUUUCUGUUUUCUGGAAAUGACAGAAAUAUUUUUCUCUCGCCUCAUUUCUUUUUUUGACUUAAAAAAUGUUUUAGUACCCUUUAGUCCAUUGUAUGGGUCACUGAACAGCUAGCCCUUUUGUUUUUAAGUGAGGACAUUGCUAAUAAAAUGUCCUAAUCGUUCAAAGAAAAUCUAGUGUGUUGCCCCUUGUAUCUACCACUCCUGGAUUGAUUUGAUUCCCAUCAUUCUAAACAGAUAAGUUUGACGUCUUGGUGUCCUAAGACAGUGAAGAAGGUUUAUCACUUUGUCAGACCUAUCUUUCAUUUGGUGAUAUAGCGAUAGUCAAGUAAUUUAUGAUACUCUGAUUGGGUCCUGUGCCCUCUCGCUUCAUGUGAUGAUCACAGUCUGGUGUUGUAGAACUUGUGCAUUCCUUAAAAUUCAUCAAAUACAUUUAUGUUUAACAUAAACAGUUUAUUCCAUUUGUGUUGCCAUAUUCUGACACGUCAUUAAAAUGGUUAUGAAUGUUUUACAAGAA